GAUCAGCACUAUAUACAGGCCCCCAUCAAUCCCUGGCCCAGGCCCCAGCUCCCUGAGGCCACAUAGCCCGUGAUCAGCAUGGCUGCCCGCCUGUGGAUACUUGCCCUGGCCUUGGCUGUUCUCUUCCUUGUGGACAGGGAGGUGUCCGUGUCAGCAGCAAAGUUGGUUUUCUGGAGAAUGCCCAUCUGUGAACACAUGGUAGAGUCUCCAGCCUGCCCCCGGACAUACGACCCAGUCUGUGGCACUGACGGGGUCACGUAUGAGAGUGAAUGCAAGCUCUGCUUGGCUCGGAUGAAAAACAGACAGGACAUCCAGAUCCUGAAGGAUGGGAAAUGCUGACCCCACCAGAGCCUCUUAAGCCGUGAAGCUUCAGGCUAGAGAACUGUGGUGGGCGUGCAGGAUGAGACAUGAAAUAAAGAUUCAGCUCAACCCA